CCCUUUGAACUGCGGUGGCGGGUGGGCUCACUGUAUCCUGCACCUUUCAGAGUAGGGGCCGCCAUCACCAUGGUCACUGCUGCGAGUCGGCCGUGCGCCGGCGGGCCGCGGGACAUCCUGUGGCGCGUUUUGGGCUGGAGGAUAGUUACAAGUAUUGUCUGGUCAGUGCUGCUUCUGCCCAUCUGUACCACAGUAUUUGUCAUCUUCAGCAGCAUUGAUUUAUUUCAUCCUAUACAGUGGCUGUCUGAUUCUUUCAGUGAUCUGUAUAGUUCCUAUAUAAUCUUUUACCUUCUGCUGCUGUCAGUGGUAAUAGUAAUAAUAAGUAUUUUCAAUGUGGAGUUCUAUACAGUUGUGCCUUCCAUUCCCUGCUCGAGACUGGCACUGAUAGGGAAGAUCAUUCAUCCUCAGCAGCUCAUGCACUCCUUUAUUCAUGCUGCAAUGGGAAUGAUGAUGGCUUGGUGUGCUGCGGUGAUAACCAAGGGUCAAUACAGUUUUCUUGUGGUUCCCUGCUCUGCUACUGAGAGCUUAGAUAGCCCUGCUGCACAAACUUGCUUAAAUGAGUAUCACCUUUUUUUUCUGCUGGCUGGAGCAUUUAUGGGCUGUAGCUAUAGCCUCCUGUAUUUUAUUAACAACAUGAACUAUCUUCCAUUUCCCAUCAUACAGCAAUACAAGUUCUUGCGCUUCAGGAGGUCUCUGCUUUUGCUAGUUAAGCAUAGUUGUGUGGAAUCGCUGUUCCUGCUUAGAAAUUUCUGCAUUGUGUAUUAUUUUCUUGGCCACAUUCCCAAAGCUUGGAUUAGCACUGCUAUGGACCUUCAGUUAGAUGAGCAGUUUCAUAGGCCUCUUGACACUGUGAGUGGCCUCUUGAAUCUCUCAUUACUCUACCAUGUCUGGCUCUGUGGUGUCUUUGUCCUGAUGACUUGGUACAUCUCGUGGAUACUCUUCAAAAUCUAUGCCACAGAGGCUCAUCUGUUCCCUGUUCAACCACCAUUUUCAGAAGAGUCAUAUGAAUGCCUCCCGAAAGUUUUAAACAGCAAUCCUCCCCUCAUCAUAAAGUAUUUGGCCUUGCAGGACCUGAUGUUGCUUUCUCAAUAUUCUCCUUCACGAAGACAAGAAGUGUUUAGCCUUAGCCAGCCAGGUGGACAUCCCCACAGUUGGACAGCCAUUUCAAGAGAGUGUUUGAAUCUUUUAAAUGAUAUGACUCAGAAACUUGUACUCUAUCAAGAAGCUGCUGCUACAAAUGGGAGAGUGAUGUCUUCAUCCUACCCAGUGGAACCUAAGAAAUUGAAUUCUCCAGAAGAAACUACUUUUCACACCCCAAAAUCUAGCCAGAUGCCUCGGCCUUCAAUGCCAUCAUUAAUUAAGACGUCAUUGUUCUCCUCAAAAUUGUCUGCACCUGAUGUUGCAAGUCCCCUGGCGAACCCAUUUGGCUCUAGUGUAGUGAAUCGGAUGGCUGGGAUUUUUGAUGUAAGCACGUGCUAUGGGUCACCUCAGAGUCCUCAGCUUACAAGAAGAGGGCCAAGAUUAUGGACUUCGGCUUCUGGUCAGCAAAUGACUGAAUAUUCUAAUCCUUCUCCAUCUACCUCUGUUAGUGCUGAGGGUAAGACAGUGAGACAGCCCAAUGUGAUUUAUUCAUGGAUUCAGAAUAAACGUGAACAGAUUAAGAAUUUCUUAUCAAAACGGGUGCUGCUAAUGUAUUUUUUCAGUAAGCACCCAGAGGCCUCCAUUCAGGCUGUUUUUUCAGAUGCCCAAAUGCAUAUUUGGGCAUUAGAAGGUCUGUCUCACUUAGUAGCAGCAUCAUUUACAGAAGAUAGAUUUGGAGUUGUCCAGACUACACUACCAGCUAUUCUUAAUACUUUGUUGACGCUACAAGAGGCAGUUGACAAGUACUUCAAGCUUCCUCAUGCUUCCAGUAAACCACCUCGGAUUUCAGGAAGCCUAGUGGACACUUCUUAUAAAACAUUAAGAUUUGCCUUUAGAGCAUCACUAAAAACUGCCAUCUAUAGAAUAACUACUACAUUUGGUGAACAUCUGAAUGCUGUGCAAGCAUCUGCAGAACAUCAGAAAAGACUUCAACAGUUCUUGGAGUUCAAAGAAUAGUUAAGUAAUAUAAACUGUGUUCAUUACACUGCUGAUACAACUACAGAUGGGACAGUAAAUGUUCAGCAUUCUUGGAUCAGAAGAAAAUGGACUAAUUAGAUGCUUCCUUUGUCGUGGUGGUUGCUUUGAAAACUAUACUUUAAUGGGAGAAAUCAUGGAAAGAAAUUCUCAACAGAAUAACCGAAAACUGCCUUUUCUGUACCGAUUACUUUUUGUGUGUGUGGUAUAAUAAAAUCUUUAUUCAAUUUUACAGAAGCAUCUAUGGCAGUAGAAAUGUUUGUAGCUUAUAUAGCUUAAUAAUAAUAACUAGAAAAUUUUUAGAGUUUACUUUUGAGAGGAGUAGAGUCAGCUCAG